CCGGCAUGUCUCCUGUCCCUCCCGAUCUCAAAUAACAUAACGGUCCUCGCGUACGUACCCCUCCCUCUCAGUCAGAAUCCAGUCCAUCCAUCCAUCCACCCCUCCCUCUUCCCCUCAGCCAUAUAAGGACACUAGCAUCCUGCAGCGCUCCUUCCGUCGGUCAUGGUAGGACACCUUGAAGGCCGAUCUGUAAUGGCAAUUGGCGGCGUCAAACUUGACCGUCUGGUCGGACAUGGCCAAGUCCUUGAUGGGGUCCGUGUCUCCGGGGCAGGGGUAGGCGCCAUCGGCCCUCUGGCAGAGGCGGUAGAUGGCCGAAUCCUGGAUGGCCUGGUUGACACGGGCCCGUGCUACCUCCGUGAUGAAACCUUUGUUCUGUAGAACGUGAGCCAGCUGCUUUAUGCUGGCACGUGUGUGGUGGCGGGGAGACACACACACACACACACACCCCGAGAGACAUAGAUGGGGUGCGUUAGUUACGUCGGUGCUGUUGGUAUCAUUGAUUCUCACUCAAAUGGUGUAGAAGAUGAACUUUUCCCGCUGUCUCUGGCUGAGGCCCUUGUUGAGCAGGUCCUUCUUGCUGAACUUGUUGGACUCGAGGUUGUGGAUGAGCACGUAUGCAGGCUCCUCCCCUCCACUCCUCAUCAGCUUGACUCCGGUCAGAAAGUCACCCUGGCCACUGUCUCCUAUCCAAAUGUAGCCUGUGGCCACACAACAGUCAGAGACACGCCAUCGGUGUGUGUCUGCCCCUCAUAAAUCUGUGUGUGUGACAAGGCAGGCAGUUAGGCGCCACUCGCGCCACCCACCUUUGGCGCCAUCAGCCACAUCAGUGUAGUGGCCUCCGUCCUUAGUCAAGCUGCUGAUGAUGUUCUGUGUCUUCGUCUCCGCCGUCUUUUCCCAAUCGGGGCUGAUGAAAUCCGUAGCCCAGCCGAACCCGGACCGCUCCUCAUCAACGCCCCAAAUGACGCCGUUGAGCACCCCGGUUGCGUUGGACAGCUUGUUCCAGGAUUUCUUCUCUAAGUUCUGCACAGUCACAGACAGACAGACAGACAGACAAGGAUUCCGAUGCAUGCACGUUUUGAUGGUCCUGAUGCUACUGCGCCUACCUUGGGGUCCCCAACGGUGAAUUUUGGCCGUGCCGAUACCAGACGGAAGAAGGGAGGGUGCGCGACGAAGUCGGGGCCGGCGGAGAGCUCGAGGUACAGCUGCAUCAGGCCUGGGUACACCUGCACGCAUACACGCACAGGCAGGCGAUGGAUGGGUCAGUUGGCACCAUCUUGCCUUCCCACCUCAUCGGUGUAGCACAAAUCGUCUGACACUCCCAGCGGCCGGCCGAACGCACCCAAACACACAAAGAGAGGGAGAGAAGAGAAUUCCAUGCAAAGCCAUGUGGGUUACUGCCUUGUCUGUCUGCGAUGGGGAAUCACACACACCACACCUGUGCCUUUGGGCCAGGAACUUCCGCUGCCUGCACACACACCGCACAGUCCUCAUGGCAUUGCAUGUAUGCAUUGGUCAAGCUAGCUGAUGUAUGGUCUUGUCCAUCCCUCCGCGCGCAUACGUACAGAUGAUGGUGUCGUCAAUGUCGCUGAACAGGAGAUACCCUUUUCUCGUCGGCUCAAGGCGCUCCCGCGCAUCAUGCCAAACCCCGGGCUCAUCGGAUUCCCCCGCUUGUUCCCCCGUCUCCAAGACAGGCUGUCUCGCCCAACGCCCUUUACACACAGAAGGGACCGUUGCGAAUGCGACAAGGGUGGAGAUCGGAACAACAAGUGGAAUUGGCAUUGCCUCGAUAUCUAGUAGCCCCACGGGACGUUACG